GCUCAAUGCCUCAAUCAUGAGACUCCCUCAGUCGCUUUUUCUGCUGGCUGUGGCCGGGUCUGGUGCCCGAGCUAGCAGCGACAAAACUGCUCGUCCUCGGGGUGUAGCCCCAGAAUUUGCCAAGUACUACCAGGAUUCAAAUACGUUCACUUGUAUCUCGAAUCCCUCCGUCCAGAUUCCCUUCUCCGCCGUCAACGAUGACUUUUGCGAUUGUCCCGAUGGCAGUGACGAGCCCGGCACUUCAGCUUGCUCGCACCUCUCACGUAACUCUCCAUUGGGAGUUGCGGAUCGGCUAGGAAAAGGCGAAGAUGAAAUUGGGGCUGUGUUGCCUGGAUUUUACUGUAAAAACAAGGGCCACCGACCAUCAUUCGUACCUUUCCAACGUGUUAACGACGGAAUCUGCGAUUACGAACAAUGCUGUGACGGAAGUGACGAAUGGGCCCGUGUUGGUGGUGCCAAGUGCGAGGACCGCUGCAAGGAAAUUGGCAAGCAGUGGCGGAAACAGGAAGAGCAGCACCAAAAGUCCAUGACUGCUGCGCUGAAGAAGAAGAAGGCUCUGCUUGUGGAUGCUGGGCGUCAGCAGCAGGAGAUUGAGGAUCAUGUCAUCCGCUUGGAAGCCGAGAUUAAGGGUGCGGAGGUUAAGGUGGAGGCUCUCGAGGUUGAACUCAAAGCUGUCGAGGAUGCGGAGCGCAAGAUUGUCCGGACCAGUGGCAAGGGUAAGGGUAAGGUCAAUGCUCUGGCAGGUAUUGCAAAGGCUCGAGUUGAUGAGCUGCGCGAUGCGCUGCUGGAGGUCCGUCAACAGAGAGACGAGACUCAAUCGCGGUUGAAGGAGCUCGAGGAGAUCCUGACCAAGUUCAAGAUUGAGUACAAUCCUAACUUCAACGAUGAGGGUGUCAAGCGCGCUGUGCGCAGCUGGGAGGACUAUGCCGCCCGUGAAGUGACCGAGAGCACCAAUCAAGCGCGGGAUCGUGAUUUGGAUGAGAUUGCCAAGGCUGAUGGCGAGGACUCUGGGAUUCAUUGGGAGCACUGGGAGAAGGAAGAGGAUGGCUGCAAUGAUACCGACUUGGUUUACAAGCUUGCAGCCUAUCUUCCCCCGUCUCUUGUCGAGUUCAUUGAAGACAAGGUCGUUUCCUUGCGAUCCUUCCUGGAGUCUAGCGGCAUCCUGGCUAAACGCGAUGGGGACUCUCCAUCCGAAUCCAAGGCCGUGAUUCAGGCUCGCGACGCUCUCAAGUCCCAGGAAGACACACUGCGAGACCUGAAGAAUAAGCUCCGCGAUCAACGGGCCGAUCUCGAAACGGAAUAUGGCCCCGCUGGCAUUUUCCGUGCCCUCAAGGGCCAGUGCAUUUCCAGGGACGCGGGCGAGUACACCUACGAGCACUGUUUCCUGGAGGGUACCAAGCAGAUUUCCAAGAAGGGCGGCUCUUCUACCUCCAUGGGCAAGUUCACUCGGAUUAGCUCUACUGUCGUUGAAGAGCUGAACGACGCCGGCGAGAUCGUCUCCGUCGAGAAGAUUGCCAUCGAGUAUGACCGCGGCCAGCACUGCUGGAACGGACCUAAUCGGUCUACCAAGGUCGUUUUGGAGUGCGGUGAGGAGAACGAGAUUUUGAAGACGGCUGAGGAUGAAAAGUGUGUCUACUCGAUGCUUGUGACCACCCCAGCUGUUUGUGCUGGUGGCGAAGAGGAUGGUACUCCUCGCUCGAAGGAUGAGCUGUAACGUUUUGAUUCUGAUAUAAGAUGUGGGCUUCUACCCAGGCCUGCUGUUUGAUAUUCUUUGUUCAGUUUUCACAUCCUCCGUACCGGGAGUGUUUAUCAUCAUACAUCUAGAGGUUUUCUCAAGUAAAUUAAAGCGAACUGUUUUCUCAUUCAAAUUGCUUCCAGCUACCUCCGUUAUAGAUCGUAGCUUCCACCCCGUGCUGCCUACCUACCGUUCAUAGACAACAUCCAUACUCGAGAUCUACAGACUACAAAAAUAGAAACGACUUAUGUAUGAAAAAGGCAAUGCAU